AUGAGAGUCGACAUUUCAUCCUUCGGGAUCGCUGUGAUCUACCUCAGCGUAGUUGUCUCCUCAAUCUCGGUUGAUAAAACAACACCGCUAAGACCGACCAAGAAACGUCCACGUGGAUGCGAUUGCUACACUGUCUCCGGGCCUGAUCCCGGAUAUUUCCAGCACUACAAAAUGUGGGACUUUCGGGCUGUCGAUUUGAAUAAGCAUGCCCAUCUCAAUCUAUCAGAACCCAUGGAGGAUGUCGGCGACGAAUGGGAUGAUUACGACGAUUGGAGUGAUAGCGACGAAGCCAAGAACCAAGAAGAGGACUACGUGUCAUCGGGAGCCCAUGGCACACAAUACCCUGACCCAUCCUCAUUGGUUUUCUUCAAAACCUCCUUCGAGAGAGACUGGAGCAGUCAAGCAUGGGAACGCCCAGGCACACCUAAAGCCCCGGUGCUCAUGAUCAACUCGAAGAACAACAUCUUUUUCACAAGAGACUAUGAGCAAGACGAUCCCCAGGCAACGUAUCUUGUUCUACGUACCACCCGCCACGAAGACUACACAUCCACAGCGGAGAUAGAAACUCGUCUGCGUAACAUCUACCGUUGUUCGCUACGUGUCCGGCUUCGUUUAUUACCUGCCGACUUUGUCAUGGCGCAACCACCUGAACGGAGAGAAUGGUCGCCUCAGGCUCCUCAGCAGCAUGCCACCGGAAAUCUGAACAAUGGGACACUUAGUAAUAAUCGAGCGAUUCCGCUCCAUGAGGGCCUCCCGCCGCCCGGAGCUUGUGCCGGGAUUUUCACCUACCAUAACCGAACAUCUGAAUCAGACAUCGAGAUCCUCACGCGGGACCCAUCACAUCGUGUCCACUACGCCAACCAGCCAGAUUAUGAUUUCGAAAAUGAUCGAGUGAUCCCCGGUGCGAGUACGAUAGCUGAUUUGCCUAUCCCAUGGACAAGAUGGGCCACUCAUCGCCUGGACUGGCUCUCGGAUAUUUCGCGGUGGUUCCUGAACGAUCAAAUUCUGGAUGCUAAAACCUAUCGGGUGCCAAGCUUACAGAGCAUGAUUGUUCUCAAUCUUUGGAGUGACGGUGGACUGUGGACGGGCGACAUGAAAAUUGGCGAGAGUAUUUACAUGGGUAUUGAGUACAUCGAACUAAUCUACAAUCGGUCCUCGGAUGCUUCCAAGUUUGCCAAUGUGCCUGCUUCACAAAAGCAUGGUGGCCAGCAAAAUCCACACCCACCAAAAGGCACCACCAUCAACAACGACAACUCGUCUAUCCCUGACUGGCAGCAGGACAAGUGCAAGUCGGGUAGAGAUGGGCGCGAGUGUAGGAAACAGAAGUUCUUGAACAGAAAUCAAACUGAAUUCUGCCAAAGACCCUGCAACAUUGAUGAGGUUUGA